AUGGUCGCAUAUCAGCUUCUCCUCAGCCUGGCCACCGCUGGCAUGGCCUCAGCCCAGAACACCGUCACCUCCAUGCUGAUCUACGGCGCAGACCCACAGCCUCUUGUCGCUUCCGUCGUCGGUAGUGACGCCACCGCAACAACCUACAGCAUCAAUUGUCCCCCAGGCACAGAUAGCACCGACUGCGGCAUGGGCCCCGGCCUGACGCUUGUCGCCGGUCCCACGACCACCGUGCUGAAGAUGGAUGAGCCGCAGGAAGACUUUCAUUGGACGGUCAGCUGCUCUGUUGGCGGAACAACCACAGGCGUGUGUAUCGAGACGGCCAGCGGCACGGCGGCGAAUUUCCCUGGUGUUAGUUCCUCGACUUUUUCCAAUGAUCUGCCUCUGAUGGCGGUGACUAUUACGGCUGGUGCUAGUGCUGGUGCUAGUGCGAGUGCGACGCCGGCGACUGCCAGUGCUACCGCUACGACCGCUGCGACUGCUUCGAGCAAGACCUCGUCGGCUGUGAGUACCGGGGGGAUGCCGCGGGUGACUGGUGGUGCUGCUGGGCUUUUCGGGGCUGCUGCAGUGGCUUUCGGUGUAUUUGCUCUGUAG